AUGAAACUUCACGUGUUUGGAGGUGGGCAGAGUGUAGGAUGUAGUUGUUUUGUUGUAGAGGGCCGGGAGGAUGCAGUUGUAUUAGAUUGUGGGUAUAAUCAUGUCCGGAGCGACAUUGGGAUUGACUUUGAGAAAAUGAAUUUACUUGCACCGAAAAUCCGAUGUUGUUGCAUUACGCAUUACCACGUUGACCAUGUCGGUAUGCUUCCGUGGCUCUGUAAAUUUCUUUCAAUUCCCAUUUUCAUGGCUCAGCCAACACUAAGUGUUCUUCCAAUGAUUUUAUCGGACACCCACUCGUCGUCUUCCUUCAUUUUACCGUCCGAUAUCGAGAAGUGUGUGAAUCAGUGUUCUGUGAUACAACCGGGGCAAUCCAUACGAAUCACAAAGAAUGUAUCGCUCCGAUGCUUUUACGCUGGACACGCGCUUGGUGCCGUUUGCUUUGAAAUAUUGUUUGAUGGGAAGACAAUAGUGUACACUGGGGAUAUCGACAACCAAGAGUCUUUCCUCAUUAGAAGUGCUGAAAUAACACCACACUCCAUCAACUAUUUAAUAUCCGAGUCAACUUGCAUCUACGAAAGAAUUAAAAAAAGAUUUGACAUAGAACGUUACGAAAGACCGAUAGUGGAUACUAUUCAAGCUGGUGGGUCUGUUCAAAUCAUAUCGAAUAGCGCAGGGAGAGGUCAAGAGAUCUUUGGAAUUUUAUAUCAUAUCAUCGAGAAGUACAAAUUUGAUAUUCCCGUGUGUGGGUCUGGGGGCGUUUUGACAAAUUUGGCUCAGAAAUACGCCGAAUGGAAGACAUGGCUUCGGCCAGAGAUCACCACAGAAGUGUCGAAAUUUCGCGAGAUAGAGUUGCUUUCGCACCAAACCCAAUUUAUCGUGGUGACAACCCCCGCCAAUUUAGGGCAGGGACAGUCGAAAGAAGUUUUUGAGAGGAUAAGAGCGUCGGAGAACAAUUUGUUGAUACUUCCGUCAUAUGUCACUUUCAAUAAAAAGGACUUGACACCGAAAUUGAGGAAAUGUAAAGUCGUGCAGAUAGAAGAAAACAAUCAUUACGACGGCAAUGGAAUUCAAUCCUUAAUCCGAGCGUUGACACCAAAUGAAGUUGUACUUGUCCAUGGCGAUGAGGAGAAGAUGAAAAAGGCCAAAGUGUUCUUUGAACAGUUGUUCCGCAUGCCUUUUUAUUUACCAGCAAAUGGCGAUGUUGUCACAUUAGGACUUGCUCCUUCUCAAUCAAAGAAAAGCACACAGAGCUCCAAAAGAUGUGAACCAAAGCUCCCACCUUCUGAGAAAGAAUAUCUUCAUGAUAUUGGAAACAAAGCACCACAUAAAGGUAGUUAUAAUACACGUAAUACUAAUACUCCAAGUCGGGGAUUACCAAUAACAAAAGCUAAAACAUUAGAACCUUUAUAA